AUGGCGUCUUCCUACACUCUCCUUGCUAAUCUGCGAGCCGGCCGGUGCUCAAACACUGCAGAGGUUCGUCUUCUGAGGUCCUGGGAGGCCAGAAAUAUCAACAAAGGCGGAGAGCUCAUCAGUGUUGACAUGUUGUUCAUCGAUGAGAAUUCCACGAUGGUGCAAAGGUCUAUUCCUGCUCUCCGACAGCUUCAGUUCAAGAAUCGUCUCGCCGAAGGAUCUAUAUACACUCUUACCGGCUUCGAUGUGGUGCGCAGCAACCCUAUGUUUCGGUUAUCUGAUUCGACCUUCUCUAUCCAUUUCAAUGAGGGCACUGAACUUGAGAAGUUGUCAACCACUGUUCGGACCAUACCUACAGAACUGUUUCGUUUCCGAACAUACGACCAACUACGUGAACUAGCAAACACCGGCAAACAACUCCCUGACAUCAUGGGAGAGCUUUGUCAAAUUAGGAGCACAAUAACUGAUCGUAUUCCUGGUGCUCAGCGCGUUAUGCUUAGUCUGCGUCUAGAAAGUACAGUUGUUUGUGUUAGUCUGUUUGACUCUUUAGCUCCUGCAUUCCAUAGCAAGCUCGAUAGCUAUGAGAGAGAGCCAAAAAUUGUUCUGGUUACCGGUGUCAAUCCUAAGAUAGUUGCGGGGAAGUUAUAUCUGAAUGGCACAUCUGCCACACGUGUUUUCUUCGACUCUGAGACUGCAGUAGGAAAGGAUGCAUUUGACAGAUUGCCAAGUGAUGGGACUGACCAGUCAGCGUCUUCAUCAAAGGUGGUACACACACAGAAGAUUGAGCCUAUGAAAAUUUCUGAUCUUAACCAAUUCGUUAUUACCGUCGAUCCUCAGGUCGUUGAGUUUUUGUGUACGGCUAAACUGACUGAAAUACAAGUAGCAGAGGGUUGGUGUUAUAUUGGCUGCUCUGUUUGCUCCAAGAAACUCAUCCGAGAAGAGACCUCAUUUACAUGUGCUCCAUGCAAUGAGACCAAUGCUGUUGCUCAACUCAGGUACCGGGUGAUACUCUCUGUGUCAGAUGAGACUGGCAUAGCGGCUUUUCUUGGAUUUGACACAGAGAUCACUAAGCUGACUAAUGUUUUAGCUGCUGAAGCUGCACAGAUUGUGGGGGUAGGUCUUAAUGCUCAGGUUGACACUGAUCUGCCGCGAGUACUGUCUGAAUUUGUGGGAAAAACAUAUACUUUCCAGCUCAAGCUAAAGGACUUCAAUUUUACUGCGCACCACCAGACAUUCACCAUUUCCCGCAUAUUCCCUGCACGUGAUCUCGCCCCUCUUCUAACAUUUGCUGAAAAUGUUGAGGUUCACGAGCAAGCCCAUCUUCAGAAUGUGGCACCGGGAACAGAUGACAGAGCUGCAAUCACGUCCGAUGUUGCAGAGGUGUCCACCGCAGGUGAUGGUACACUCACCGGUCGUGAAGCAGAAGCGAAUGAACACGAUGCUGCGGAAGAUAACGCCUCUAAGAAAGCACGAGUUGAAUGA